UUUACGUUUUCAGCAAAAGUAGAAGAAUUCAACAUAUUAUGUGACAACAGGAUGUGGUGAAAGCUCAGAGUGCAGAGCAUACCCGCAGAGCCUCCCCUUCGUCCUGCUGACAGCACCCCUCCCUCAGACAGAGAUAGCCUGCAGGAUGUCGGACUCACUGGUCGUGUGUGAUGUGGAUCCAGAGCUCAGAGACAAGAUCCGGAAAUUUCGUUUUCGUAAGGAAACCAACAAUGCAGCCAUCCUGAUGAAGAUUGACAAGGACCGACAAAUGGUUAUUCUAGAGGAGGAAUUGCAGGAUAUUUCACCUGAUGAUUUGCAGCAUGAGCUUCCAGAACGCCAGCCCAGGUUCCUGGUUUAUAGCUAUAAGUAUGUCCAUGAUGACGGACGGGUUUCCUAUCCGCUAUGUCUGAUCUUCUCUAGUCCUUUUGGAUGCAAGCCCGAGCAGCAGAUGAUGUACGCCGGCAGCAAGAACCGACUGGUACAGGUCACUGAGCUGACGAAGGUGUUUGAGAUUAGGAAUACAAGUGAACUCACGGAGGAAUGGCUCAGACAGCAGCUUGCGUUCUUCCGCUGACCUGGAACAUGCGCUGAAAGCCCGCUUCUUGUGCAAUGUGAAAUUUUAUAUCUAAAUAAACACAAAACACUGUAAUGGUACUCGGGA